GUACAUAAAUACAACUGUAAGCCGAAAGGCCUUGAGCGGCUGAGCACCUUGAAAUUGCAAUUCAGUGAAUCUUCAUUCUUUUCGACAUAUGUACAAGAGAAGUCUGCGACAACAUUUGCCCGCUCAUUUUUAAUAGAAAACUUUAAGGAAUCGAUUCCCUUUAAUUGCACUAAAUAUAUAGCACAAUGUGUCGACACGUAUCUGAAGAGUACAGUGAAAAAAUUGGUGCGUACGAAAAAUACCACACUGAACAUGGCGGUGACAUACAAGCACGCCGCGAUAUGUAUGCCGACAUGGUUAACAAGUAUUAUGAUCUAGCCACUGACUUCUAUGAAUGGGGUUGGGGCACGAGUUUCCAUUUUGCGCAUCGGUUGAUAGGCGAAACACACAAUGAAAGCAUAAAACGCCACGAACAUUACUUGGCACAUAAAUUGAGACUGGAGCCAGGUAUGAAGGUUCUAGAUGUCGGCUGUGGCGUUGGUGGCCCGUUACGUGAGAUCGCAUCAUUCUCCGGCGCUAGCAUCACUGGUUUAAACAACAAUGCAUACCAGAUUCAGCGUGGCACCGCCUAUAAUGUCAAAUCGGGUCAUGAUAAAAGCUGCGAUUUCAUGAAGGCAGACUUUAUGCAUGUUCCCAUGCCCAAUUGCUCCUUCGACGCCAUCUACCAGAUUGAAGCCACCUGUCACGCCCCCGAUAAGUUUGCCUGUUAUGCUGAGAUUUUUCGCUUACUGAAGCCCGGUCAGUGCUUUGGUGGAUACGACUGGUGCAUGACGCACAGAUUUGAUCCCGACAAUAUCGAACACGUCAAGAUCAAAUCUGACAUAGAGAUUGGCAAUGGAUUGCCUGAUGUUCUCACGACGAAGGAAUGUCUAGAAGCUCUGAAGAAGGCUGGUUUUGAGAUUAUCGAAUUUGCUGAUCUUGCGGAUACGGCCACCAUACCAUGGUAUGAGCCCUUUCAAGGUAGCUAUUACUCUUUGAGUAAUUUCAGAUCAUCAAUGAUUGGAAGGUUCGUUACGAAGUACUCGAUUUGGUCCAUGGAGAAGCUCGGUCUCGCCCCUGAGGGCACCGGGCGCACAGCUGCCAUACUCGAAACGGCAGCGCAUGGUCUUGUUGCCGGUGGGGAACAAAAACUGUUCACACCGAUGUUCUUUUAUCUAGCCAAGAAGCCAAUGAGGUGAAGUAAUUUGUACAUACAGUAGCUAUAUUAAUCCGGAGAAUCUCGCGACGUUCUCUCCCCAAACGUUGCAAAUGUAUGUACGAAAGCGAAAGCUGCAUCGAUAGACAACAAUGUAAGACCCGAUAGGUCAAUGAUGGAUUAGUAUAGUAGAAUUACAUUGUCCAGCAAUUGCAAAUGCCGUGGAAGCAGGUAUUUACUAGCAAAUAACUCGAGCGUGGCCAGCGGUAUUGCGCACUAGUUCUGUCAUUUUCUAGUGGAGAUCGAAGUAGAUAAAGCCACUGAUUUAAAGCUGGGGCCUUCAGGGAGUUGCCCUGAGAUCCAUUCUAUAAAGAAUGUCGACCCCGUUGCGACAACGGAGUGUAAUCCUGUACAAUUCCAACAGAAUAUAAAUAUCGUAUAUCGUCUAUAUCGAC